AGUAAUAAAAUGUAAAUCUUUAAAAUUGGUUUACUUCUCCACAUGUGUUUUAUGUUGUAUUUUUAUUGACAGGGCGUCAACAUCGAAGCCUCGUUCUGAAAUGACUCUUGAAGAAUUAGCAAAAAUAGAGGAAGAAGAGUUUAGUACAGGUCCUCUUUCUGUGCUGACACAAUCAGUUAAAAACAAUACGCAAGUACUUAUUAACUGCAGAAACAACAAGAAACUACUGGGACGCGUUAAAGCUUUUGACCGGCACUGUAAUAUGGUCUUAGAAAAUGUAAAAGAAAUGUGGACCGAAGUCCCAAGAACGGGAAAAGGAAAAAAGGGCAAGGCUGUUAACAAAGACAAGUUUAUUUCAAAGAUGUUCUUGAGAGGUGAUUCAGUCAUUUUAGUAUUAAGAAAUCCUCUAGCAACCGCUGCUGGAAAAUAAUAUCUUAGUGUGUUAUUCUUUUCAUGUUUGUGAUUGAUUAGACAUAAUUUUUACCUCAUAACUUUGAUAAAUACACCAAACCCAAGAAACAGUUAACAAUUGAGCUUGAAAUACUGAAGCAAUUUACAUUCUGUACCUAAAAUAAAUAAUUCUUUUGCAAAUUCCU